GGUUCCAUGGUGAGUCGCGGUGAAGGGGGCAGGGCGCGUCAGGACUACAGGUCCCAUUGUAUCCCGCGCCGUCGGAACUACAUAUCCCGCAAUGCCCCGCGGUGGCCGGGCUGAGUCCGGCUGUGGCUGGCGGGGGCUCUCGGAGAGGCUGGUUCCUAUUUAAACUCAGGCAAGGAGGAAAAUGGCGGCGAGGAGCUGAGUGUGGGGGACUUGGGGAGAAGGAGACGCUAGCGAGCUCUGGCUCCCGUCCCUGCACUCAUGAAAAGUAUUUUGAGAAGACAAGCUAGAAAGCUACCACUACACUAUUUCUGAACACCAAAAAAGCAGGCUGCCAUGUCUCGCAAGCAUCUCCCCUUCCCUCCAGCAACUGGCCAUGGACUGAUGAGAGGGACAGCGGUCCAGAUGUGGAAGAACAAGCAGGAGGUGAUUUACAAUGAUUACUGAUCCUGAUGGUCCGCUGAAAAGUCUUCUCUGCUUGAAUGUGUGUUAAGGACAAUCAUCGAACAUUGGGAUUUGCCUCCACUAAUUUGACAUGUUGCUCAUGUAAACUCAGUUAGCUGUUGCUCAAGCAAGAUGAGUGGAUUGGGAGAAAACUCCUUGGACAGCUUGACCAAUGAGUCAAGGAAACGCAAGCCAUUGCCCUGUGAUGCCCCAGGACCAGGUCUGAUCUGCAGUGGUGAGAAACGCAGACGUGAACAGGAAAGCAAAUAUAUUGAGGAACUAGCUGAGUUGAUAUCUGCUAAUCUGAGUGACAUUGACAAUUUCAAUGUCAAACCAGAUAAAUGUGCAAUUUUAAAGGAAACUGUAAGACAGAUCCGGCAGAUAAAGGAACAAGGAAAAACAGCAUCCAGUGAUGAUGAUGUACAGAAGGCUGACGUAUCUUCUACAGGUCAAGGGGUUAUUGAUAAGGAUUCAUUGGGACCUCUUUUACUACAGGCAUUGGAUGGUUUCCUGUUUGUAGUAAAUCGAGAUGGGAACAUUGUAUUUGUGUCAGAAAAUGUCACACAAUAUCUGCAGUAUAAACAAGAGGAUUUGGUUAAUACAAGUGUCUACAGCAUCUUGCAUGAAGAGGACCGGAAGGACUUCCUUAAAAACUUACCUAAAUCUGCAGUUAAUGGAGUUGCUUGGACUAAUGAGACACCCAGACAGAAGAGCCAUACGUUUAAUUGCCGCAUGAUGGUAAAAACAUCUCAUGAUCUUUUGGAUGAUGUGGGCGGCAACCAGGAUUCACAUCAGAGAUAUGAAACCAUGCAGUGUUUUGCUUUAUCUCAGCCAAGAGCUAUGAUGGAAGAAGGGGAAGAUUUGCAGUCCUGUAUGAUUUGUGUGGCACGUCGUAUCACUACAGUGGAAAGGGUAUUUCCAACAAACCCAGAAAGCUUUAUUACGAGACAUGACCUUUCAGGUAAACUCGUAAACAUAGAUACAAACUCAUUACGGUCUUCUAUGAGACCUGGCUUUGAAGAUACAAUCCGUCGGUGUAUUCAGAGGUUUUUAUGCCAUAAUGAUGGACAGUCCUGGUCAAACAAACGCCACUAUCAAGAAGCUUAUAUACAAGGCCAUGCCGAAACUCCACUGUAUCGGUUCUCCUUAGCAGAUGGUACUAUAGUGACAGCACAAACAAAGAGUAAACUGUUACGAAGUUCAGUAACUAAUGACCGUCAUGGAUUUGUCUCCACCCACUUCCUUCAAAGAGAACAGAAUGGAUACCGACAAAAUCCCAAUCCAGUGGGACAAAACAUCAGAGCAUCUACAGCUGGAAGCACAAAUUCUGUUGGUGCUAUUAUGAACAUGUCACCAGGUCAAAGCAUACCAAUGCAGAACAGGAACUAUGGCAUGGGAGAUCCCAGUGCGAUGGGACAGAUGAGCGGCAUUAGAUACAUAGGUCCUGGUAAUAUUGGACACAUUAACUCUGGACCAGGAAUGCAGUCCUCUCCUUAUCAGAACAGCAAUUAUGGGUUAACUAUGAGUAGUCCACCACAUGGUAGUCCCAGCUUGACUUCCAGCCAACAGAACUUAAUGAUUUCUCCUAGGAAUCGUGGAAGUCCAAAAAUGGGUUCACACCAGUUUUCUCCAGUUGCAGGUAUGCACUCCCCAAUGGGAUCUACUAGCAACACUGGCAACAACAGCUUCUCUAGCAGUUCCCUUAGUGCCCUUCAAGCCAUUAGCGAGGGGGUUGGAACUUCCCUUCUAUCAACGCUUUCCUCACCGGGUCCAAAAUUGGAUAAUUCCCCAAAUAUGAAUAUAGCUCAGCAAAGUAAAAUGGGCAACCCGGACUCAAAGAGUCCUUCUGGCUUGUAUUGUGAACAAAGUCAAGUGGAGAGUUCUAUGUGCCAGUCAAACAACAGGGACCUCCUUAGUGACAAAGACAGUAAAGAAGGAAAUCUGGAAGGGUCUGAGAGUCAGAGGGGACCAAAUGAAAGCAAAGGUCAUAAAAAGCUCCUUCAGUUACUCACAUGCUCCUCAGAUGAGAGAGGGCAUUCUACAUUGUUAAACUCACCAUUGGACCCUGGUUGUAAAGAAUCUUCUACCAAUGUUACAAGUCCCUCAGGAGUCUCCUCUUCUACAUCUGGAGGGGUCUCUUCCUCAUCAAACAUGCAUGGGUCCCUGCUACAAGAAAAGCACAGGAUUUUGCAUAAAUUGUUGCAGAAUGGUAAUUCUCCAGCAGAAGUAGCAAAGAUCACAGCUGAAGCUACUGGUAAAGAUACCUACCAUGAUUCCAGUAAUACAGCCCCCUGUGUAGAAGGAACUAUCAAACAGGAACAACUGAGUCCUAAGAAGAAGGAAAACAAUGCUCUACUCAGAUACCUACUAGACAAGGAUGAUAUAAAGGAUCCACUAUCAAAAGAAACGAAACCUAAGGUAGACGGUCUGGAUAAUAAAAUGGGACAAUGCAGUAGCUCCACUAUUCCUACUUCAAGUCAAGAAAAAGAGAUUAAAAUAAAAACAGAACCUUCUGAAGAGAUGAGUGGAGACUUGGAUAAUUUGGAUGCAAUACUGGGUGAUCUGACUAGUUCUGAUUUUUACAAUAAUGCUAUGUCUACAAAUGGGAGUAGUCUUGGAACUAAGCAAACAUUAUUUCAAGGAAAUGCCCCAUUGGGUAUGAGAAGUCCCCAGUCUGUGCAGACUACCCGUCCUCCUUUCAACAGAGCCAUGUCUUUAGACAGCCCUAUACCUGUGGGUUCAAGCCCUCCAGUGAGGAGUGUCAAUGCAUUUUCCAUGUUACAAAAGCAAAACAUGAUGGGUGGGAGUCCAAGAAUGAUUGAGAACCAGGAAAAUUUUGGAUCAAACAUGGGUGGACCCAACAGAAAUAUGGCUAUGAAUCAGCAUUCAACAGGAGACUGGGUUUUGCCAAGCUCAAAGGUUAACAGACUGGAACCUACAAAUUCUGGUUCAAUGGUGAGACCAGGACCAGACUAUAACCCAUCCAUUCCCAGACCUACAGUGGGUGGCUCCAUUCCUGGUUUGCCCAUCCGGUCUAAUAGCAUACCUGGUACAAGACCAAUGCUACAACAGCAAAUGAUUCAUAUAAGGCCUACUGAGAUUAAUAUGGGUAUGGGAGGUAAUCCUUAUGGGCAACCAGGACCAUCUAACCAGCCAGGAUCAUGGCCUGACAGCAUGCUUUCCAUGGAGCAAGGACCUCGGGGGUCACAAAACAGACAAUUAGUUAGAAGUUCUUUGGAUGAUUUCUUAUGUCCACCUCCUAACAUGGAAGGCCAGAGUGAUGAAAGGGCUCUUUUAGAUCAGCUGCACACGUUGCUGAGUAACACAGAUGUCACUGGACUGGAGGAAAUUGACAGAGCAUUAGGAAUUCCUGAUCUUGUAAAUCAAGGGCAAACUUUGGAACCGAAGCAAGAUUCAUUUCAAGGUCAGGAAUCUGCAGUUAUGAUUGACCAGAAGCCUCCAUUAUAUGGUCAGCCCUAUCAGGGGCAAGGGGCAGCAAUGCCAGGGGGUUUUACUAACAUGCAAGGACAACAACAAUCCUUUAAUUCAAUGAUGAAUCAGAUGAGCCAACAGAGUAAUUUUCCGCUGCAAAGUAUGCAUCCUAGAGCAAGUGUAAUGAGACCCCGAACCAAUACACCAAAGCAGCUCAGAAUGCAACUCCAGCAGAGGCUUCAGGGGCAGCAGUUUUUGAAUCAGACCCGUCAAGCGCUUGAGAUGAAAAUAGAAAACCCAGGUACUGGUGGUGCCCCAGUCAUGAGGCCAGUCAUGCAGCCGCAAGUGGGGUCACAGCAGCAAGGUUUUCUUAAUGCUCAGAUGGUGGCUCAGCGCAACAGGGAGCUAAUAAGUCAUCAUAUCAGACAGCAGAGGAUGGCAAUGAUGAUACAGCAGCAACAGCAACAACCUCAGACCUUCAGUCCACCACCAAAUGUGACUGCCUCAGGAAGCAUGGACAGUUCUCUGGCAGGUCCCCCAAUGGCUCAAGUUCCUUCACAGCAAUUCCCAUAUCCGCCUAAUUAUGGAAUAAGCCAACAAGCUGAUUCCACAUUCAGUAGAGUAGCAAGCCCUCCCAACCCAAUGAUGUCAUCAAGAAUUGGAGCCUCCCAAAAUCCCAUGAUGCAGCACUCUCAGACAGCAGCAAUGUACCAGUCCCCUGAGAUGAAAGGCUGGUCAUCAGGAAACGUGGCCAGAAGCAGUUCUUUUCCACAGCAGCAGUUCAGUCAUCAAGGGAGCCCUACAACUUAUAAUCUGAUGCAUAUGAAUGGCAGCAGUGGUCAUAUUGGACAAAUGAAUAUUAACACCAUGCCUAUGUCAGGGAUGCCUAUGGGUCCAGACCAGAAAUACUGCUGACACUUAAAACUGUGAUCUCCCAAAGUAGAACGAUGUAUAUUAAUGAUGAUGCACUAGUAUUACAAAGAAAAGCUACAUAUUCUUCGUGGCAACUAGUACUGGCCUUAUGGAAAUAACUGAUUUUUUUCCAGCUGAUCACCAAGAUGUCCCAAGUGACUUCAUACAAAAAGACUUUUUUUUAGUAGACGCAGAGUCUCUGUAUUACUGUAUAUUGUGGUGUACAAAACAAUGGUCAAAUAUUUUUGGCACUCUGCCUCUAGAAAUGGGAAUUUGGGAAUGGCAUUUUAGUAAAUAUGAUGGGUAGACUCUAUGUAUACCACUUCUAUUUACUGUAGCUAUCCAAAGCCUUUUAACUACAGGCAGGCCAAAGUGCCUGGAGAAGUCAUGGUGGAUAAGAAUAUCUGACAGAGAAUGUAGUUCCUAGCCUUGACUCUUUUAUAUUAAUUCCUGAAUACGAAUGCUGCUUUUAACCUCUUAUCCCCAGGAGUCAGGAUUUCCAACUAUAGUGGCAAUGCAGAAUGAAUUGGCAUGUAAUGUUCCAAAAUCCUGCCCAUUGAUGCCAAGGGAGGUUACAGAGAAAAUAAAUUAAAAUUAUUUAAACAUAAUUGUGACUAAUAUUUAAAUUUUGAUGUGCAGCUGAGUGCACUUUAUAAAAGGCUAUAUAAUGGAUUAAUGCAAUAUCUUUGAUAAGGAUUUAAUAAACUGAAAGGUAGGGUGUACUCAUGUUCUUUUUCAAAUCCAAUCUUUUAAGAAUUGUUGAUUGAAAAGACUGUGUACUGUAAUGUUUUAUGUUAUUGGAAAUUAGAGCAAUAAUCCUUCAUGGUUUUUUGGGGGGAAAAACCUUCAGAAAAAUCAAGGCAAGGCACUGCAGUCUGAAUCAGAAUUUUGCAGGGUUUUUUUUUUUGUGUGUGUGUGAAUAAAUUUUGUAAAUAUGAUCUUUAAGAAUUGUAUUAUAUAUAUAUGACUUUUGUAGGCCACUAACUCAUUUUUGCAGAGUUUGUGAAGCUAAAUAUUUAACAGUUGAUUUCUGUAAACUCAUCUUAGUUGAGGUCUAGAUAGAAGACCUUUCCAUUUUUUUUUUUUAAUUUAAUGACCUUGGAGUUGGGUGACUUUGGCCCAUAACUUUUUCUUCUUUGCCACUUAUUUUAUAUCUUUAACAUAAUAACUUUUUUAAAAGAUCAUUUGUUUAGGGUUAAGCAAUUGGUUAAUGCUUUCUCCACAUUAAGUGAGCACUUUGUAACAUUUCAUUUUUUAUAUAGGGCAAUUUGACAAAAAAGGAUCCCUGGAUUGUAAACUGUCAUGACUUGUCAUAACUGUUCAUGGGGUUUUUAUAAAGAAGAUGCCUACUGCUAAGUAUUUCUUGUUGUUUACUUCACCACCAUCACAUCUUGCAGCAAGCAACUCAUUUGUUGGCACAUGACAUCCAGAAAUCUUUAUGGAUAUUAAACCACAGUUUAAACAAAUGUCUGCACCUCUUAGGAUUAUUCUAUUGUAAUGAAUGUAUUUUCCAAACAAGUGUGUCUACUAUCAGUAUUCAUGUUAAGUUACAAGUCUAUUCAUCUUUAUCAGUUGACGGGUUGUAUUUUUUUGUCCAUAAAACGAAGAUGCUAUUCCAGAUUAUCCACUUUCAGACAGAUGGCGAUUGAAACCUGGAAACUUCCAUAAGGGUGUGAACCAGAAAGGUUUAAGGCAUGUGGUGUUUUUGUUCUGUUGUUCACUGUAUAAAGGAAAACAGACUUCUCCUGAGUGAGUGAAAAUCAGUGAUUCUGAUCUUUUCUUUUUGGUACUGUAACUAGGAAGUCAUAUUUUGUUUUGCAGUAACUUGAAGGAACUUCCAUGUUCUUCCAUUUUAAUGAAAAUAAUUUUUAGUGCAAAAAUUCACACAACUUUCAUCCUAAAUGUACAGCCACAGUCCUACUCCACAAGGCAGGUAGGUGCAAUAAAAAUCUGCUUUUUAUACAGCCCAGUCUGUAGAAUCAGCAUUGAGAACAUAGAUUUGGCUGUAGUAAUUUAGUUGUUUCCACUCCUCAGUCUGGUUUAUCUGUGUUGUAAUGCAUGACAUUUAAAAGCAUAAGGAACUGUUUUACCCUUUCUUGCUUUUUAGAAUCCACCUGCUGGUUGAGUCAGUGCAACGUAAUGGAGUUGAAAGGCAACAAUCCCUUGCUUUUUAUAUUAAAACAGAAUAGAAUGAUUUUAUAUCUUGUAGUUCAUUAUAUUGAUGGAAGCUGCAAACCUUGAUUGCUUUGACUUGUGACAUCUUCAGGAUAUGUACUACUUUAUGCUUUUUGCCCUUUAACUUUUUUUUUGAGUUAUUCUAUUUAUACUUCUAAAAUGUGGUACAUGAUGGAUGUUACAAAGGAUCCUUCUUCCCUCAUCUGCUUUUAGAAUGUUUUUUUCCAGUAAUUACUUCUUGCUGAAUCCAAAGAUUUGUUUUAAUUAAAAUGAUAAAAAAUAAACCUUUUUAAAUUAGUGUUUUUGAAACCUUUAAAGGCAACAAUCUAAAUAUUUUACCUAGGUGAAACAUUUAAUUUACUAAACUAAAUAGUCCUUUGCUUUUGGUGGUAUUUGAUAUCUCCAAUAACUGUGUUUUGGUUCUACAGCAGCAAAGUUUUUUGAAUGAGUCAAGAAGCUGUAUAACUAUUUUUGACAGUAUGAUCACAGUUUACUAGUAUAACCAGUUGCAUCAUUACUGCAUAGUCUCACUACAUGCCUGCCAGGUUUCCUGUUGAUUAUAGAAACCAUGUGUUAUAAAAUCCAUAAGCAGUCUUUUAUUCAGUCUCAUCCUAAAUUUGUGCUUUUAACGUGAGGAAUUCAGGAACAUUUUUUAAAGCUAUAAAAAAACUAUUUGAAUGUUGCACCAAUUAGCACACAUUUUAUUUUAGAUUUUAAGUGCAGACUGUUAGAAUGAUACAGCAAGUAUGAAACGAUAUAAUUCAGAGCAAUAUUUUAAAAAAAUUCUCAGGAGAAGGCAUACAGUACUGAGAAUUGCAUUUAAAUUUAGUUUACAUUAAGUACUGCUUGAAAUGUGUAUCUUUACAUUGCAAAAACAAAAAACCAUGUGGGCUGAUUUAUAAAAGGGUUGGUUAUAAAGUAUUACUGCUCUUCUGAUUUUUGUGUUUUGAUGUUAAUAAUAAUGUAAAUAAAGGUUUCUAUUUAAAACCA